GAGUUAUUCGCCAUUAAACAAGAAGAAGAAGAACGCACACGGGAAGUGAUGCAGGAAAUGAUGUAAGAGCAUGCGCGAGACUGGAGUUCUCGAAAACAAUGAACCCUGACGCGGCGGUGAGCAAGCAGCUUGCUUUUCGAGUUGUCUGUGCGUUGAUUUGCAGCGAAAAACAGAAACAGAAAAAGAAAAAGAAACGAAUAUGGAAGAGAGAAUUUCCGGGACGUCGCGAGCAGCCUGGGUUGUCUGUUCUGCAGAGAGAGUUGGAGAUGACUGAUGAGAAUGGGUUCGGGGAGUUGCUGCGGAUGACAGCAGAGGAGUUCGAGUUUCUGCUGCGGUUGGUCGGGCCCCUCAUUACCAAGCAGCACACAAAAAUGAGACGGGCGAUAUCCCCAAGAGAUCGCCUAUCUGUGACCUUGCGGUUUUUGGCAACAGGCAAAACAUUCAGUUCCCUCAGUGCACAGUACAGGAUUGGGGCCAGCACUAUUUCACAGAUAGUUAUGGAGACCUGUGGCGCUCUGUACCAGCUUAUGAAAAAAGACUUCCUGAAGACACCAUCAACAGAGACAGAAUGGCGGGCAAUAGCCCAGGACUUUGAAUCGAAAUGGCAAUUUCCACAUUGCCUAGGUGCGCUUGGUGGAAAACAGAUUUAUAUACAGCCUCCAGUAAAAAGUGGCUGCCUUGACCAUAAUAACAAGGGCCGAUUAUAUGUGACAAUAAUGGCUGCUGUGGAUGCAAAUUACAAGUUCAUCUGUGCCAGUUUGGAAACCCAAGAUAAGGUCUCUGAUGCUGGACUAUUCGCUCAUUCUGACUUGUGUAAAGCGAUGGAUCAGGGUCUGCUGAAUCUUCCUCCACCUGAACCAUUGCCCAACAGUGACAUAACAAUGCCGUACAUGUUUGUGGGUGAUGAGGCGCAUCCUUUAAGGCCUGAUCUCAUGAAGCCAUACCCAAAUAAACAGAUGGACCACAGUCAGGGGGUACUGAACUAUCGUCUUUCAAGGGCACGUAGAGUUGCAGAAAAUGCAUUCAGCAUUCUAGCUAACAGGUUAAGGGUUUUCAGGAGCACCAUAUUCUUGGAGGCAGACAAAGUGGAGAAGAUCACUAUGGCCUCUCUAUGCAUCCAUAACUUUCUCCGCGAGCGCAGGUCCGAGGCAUAUACUCCUCCAGCAUUUGCAGAUUUGAAGAAUGGGGACCACAGCAUAGUUGAGGGAACCUGGAGGAAUCGAGGGCAUGGGACUUGCCAGCCGCUCGAGCAAAGAGAGGAACACAAUGCAUUGGCUACGGCAGAAAUGCAACGAAACCUUCUGCGUGACUAUUUUGUCUCGCCGGCAGGUUGCAUUCCUUCACAAGAGGAACACAUUUAGUAUUGUAGGAAUGUUGGACUAGUAUUUUUGUAGUGGAGAACACUCAGAUGUCAAAUGUAUGUUAUAGCACUCAGCUUUACAGAAAAAUAUUUUGUGUGUGAGGGAGAGAUUCUCUUGACACCUUUUACUGCAUUGCCUUUUAAGGACAUUUUUUCCUUUUAUUUAAUUUUUUUAAAGUGCAUUUACUAAAAAAAGAUGUGGCUCUGUUGUGGUACUUUUGGUACAGAAUGUCUUGUAGAUAUUAUGCCUUCAGGCCAUCAAAGUUUCAUAUAUAUUCGACGACAUUGUUUCAAUUGCAUGUAACAACAGAGGCUAUUUUUAUUACCUUUGUUUCAAAAAACAAACGUUCAAUAAUUGAUAGAGUACAUAAAAUAACUGUAUAAAGUUAUGUAUAACGUGCAUUAGUGUACAGAUUCUGAAAGAAAGUGAUAUAAGUUUACUGUUUUUUAACACUGUAAGGUCAACACUGCUAAUGCGUUUUACAACAGUGAAAUAAAAUCAACCUUGUUUACA